AUGGAUACUAUCGUACCUUCAGCCAACACGGUCUUUCCCUCUUCAGAUGGCAUCUUGAAGUCAAUGAGCGCGACCGUCUCCGAGCUCAUCGACGCUGUCGACCUCAACAGCCCGACCGCCCAUGCUCUUGAACUUUCUCACCUCGAGCAGGCCAACCCUCGUGGUUACACACGCCCGAUGUUUUUCUUUCCUGCAGUCAAGAAUGUUGAUCAGAUGCAAGUGGCAGAGAUCUUCCGCAUAGCCCUGAAGCCAACACUGAAAGCCAUGCCGUCUCUGGCUUGUGAGAUUGUGCCAGUUGAAGAUGGAAAGACACCGACUGGAAGAGUCGCUCUCAAGCAUGGCGACUUCGGCUCAUUGAUUGUCAAGGACGUCCGAGGUACCGGUUUCUCAUACGAAGAGUUGCGCAAGCAGAAGUUCCCACAAUCACGACUUGAUCCUGAUGUGCUUUGCGCUCGUGGUGUUUUUCCUAUGCCGGGUGAGACACAACCCGCUUGGGUUCCGCAGCUGAACAUCAUCGAUGGAGGUUUCAUUCUUACCCUCCACAACCAUCAUACAAUUUACGAUGCGCAGGCCAUCAACGAGAUUCUCAGAGUGUGGUCCCAAAAUUGUCGACACGUCCAGAAUGAGGCUGUGCCUGCGUGUGACUCUCUUCCUGUCGAACAGUUCGAGAGAUCUGCUCAUAUCACUGAGGGUGCAGCAACAGAAGAGUUGGGUCGUCCUGAACAACAUCCCGAGUUCAUUGUCACUCCUUUCAAACUCGCCUGGCCAGAGACGGCUUUCAGAAACACUCAUAGACAGCGCGUCUACCGUCUAUCUCCCAAAGCACUGGCCGAACUCAAGAACGACUGCACCGAACCUGGCGACUCUUGGAUCUCGACCAAUGAUGCGGCAACAGCGCUGCUGUGGCGUUCCAUCAUCCGCGCUCAAGCCGAUCUCGAGACACUUCCUGAAGAUGCAAUGUCGCACCAUAUCGUUGUCGUUGACCUGCGUCUUCGCUCCGACCCCCCUCUCUCAAAACAUUACCCAGGAUGUCCGAUGAAUUACGCUCGACCAGGCAUGAACUUGCGCGAACUCUGCAACUCUACUUCGCUUGCUCCCCUGGCUCGUCUCAUCAGAGAUCAAGUCGACACUCGCACUCCUGAGUAUACCAAAUCUCUCAUCGCUCUGCUCAACAACAUUCCUGGCUAUGGUCACUUUGCUUGGACGUCUUUCCCUUCGAUGCUCACCACUGAUUGCAUGACUUCCACAUGGUACAAACUCGAUAUCCUGGAUCUUGACUUUGGGCCUGCUAUCNNGAAAAAAAUCGAGAGAGUCAGAUUCCCUACUGCAGGUCUGUUUAAUGGGCUGAGCAUGAUCUAUCCUCAAAUCACCAGAGGUGGCCCGGAGAAAUUGGGAAUGGAGAUUGCGGUUGGAAUGGAGAAGCAGCAUUUUGAGAAGUUGGACAAGGAUCCUGUUUGGUGCAAGUAUGCUGAGUUGACUGAUCCUGGGUAUGAUUGUAUGUAG